AUGGAGGAGCUCAGCAUUUAUAUCGUGACUUCCAACUGCGCCCGAAAUAUCAUCGACGUUGAUCUUUUCGCGGCGCAUUUGUUUGAUGUUCUACCAGCCUCAUCACCUGCACCAGACCUAAUUGUGCUCUCAUUGCAGGAGCUUGCUCCCAUUGCGUACUCCUUCCUAGGAGGCUCUUACCUGCAGCCGUAUUUUGAUGCGUUUGUCAAGCUGGUGAAGCAGGCUACUGCGAAGCGAUGGAAUGAAUCUUAUACCAACGUGGUCAAGGACCAUAUCGGAAUGACCGCAUUGCUGGUCUUUGCUCGCGCAGAUAUCGCGAACAGACUGAAUGAAAUUGAUACAGCUCAUGUUGGAUUUGGCUUCCAGGAGAUGGGCAACAAGGGUGCUAUUGGGGCCCACCUCAAAUAUGCCUCUGCCGGACAACCUUCUUUGGCGGCAGACUUGACUUUUGUCGCGGCACAUCUGGCACCGAUGGAGAAUGGCCUACUCCAGAGGAAUCGAGAUUGGCAAAGCAUUGUGGAGCGACUUGUCUUCACUCAUGGUCAGGAUUCACCGCAUAAUCCCUCGAAGAACGGGCACACUGCCGACGAGAGCACUUCACUUCUCAGAGACAAUGAUCAUGCCACACCAGAGGGGCCAGAGAAGUCUCCACAUAAUCUCUUCGCUCCCAAUGCAUACCUCUUCCUGGCCGGAGACUUGAACUAUCGCACCUCGAAUAUCAGUCCACUGAAGGACGAUCACGCACGAUUCCCGAAACGUGGAGCCACUCCUGAGAGCCCGUAUCACUACUCUCAUCUCCUAAAAAAUGAUCAACUCAUGCAGGAGAUGCGCGAAGGCAGAACUCUCCACGGUCUCACCGAGGCUCCUAUUAAUUUUCCGCCUACCUACAAAUUCUCGAAUGCAGCACAGCAGGCAGCACGACAAGCUUUGGAAAAUGGCGAUUCGGAGGCUGAGUGGUUGUGGUCCACGCAUCGAUGGCCGAGCUGGUGUGACCGAAUUCUGUACCUGGAUGACGCCGCUAAAGUACGACAGGCGGGUGAUAGCCUUGAAGCAUUGACCAUAAAACCGGCCGUCUACGAUGCACUUCCUUUGCUGCCUCAUUCUGACCAUCGCCCUGUUGCACUGUGUGUGUCAGUUCCCUUGAGACGGCUUGCGGCGCCGGCGAAUAGAGAUUUAACUACGGAUGGUCCUUCUGUCUCAAGCUCUACCCAAACAGAGGGUCCGUUCCAGAUUGAUCCCCAAUGGCUUUCGAGGAGAGACGCCGCCAGACGAAAGGAAAUUGUCGUCGGGGUGCUUGCCUACCUCGGGAUGACCUGGGAAGGAAACGGCAUGGUUCUGGCGUCCUUUGCUGGUCUGAUCGGCGCCUGGAUGGUUUUACGCUCGCUCUAG